AUUUUCAUGUACAUGCAACACUAACAAGUAGUGAGGUAAAUAACAAUGUCAAUAUUUACUCAAUAAUUAAAAUGUUUUUUAUCUACAAUAUUCCAGUGUUUUUAUCUAAAAAAAAAUUCAAUUAAUUGCAUAAAAUAGAUAAAAUAUUUUGCAUUUAUAAAACUGUUUAUUAUCAAGUGUGUAUUAAAGCAAUGUUUUGCUGCAUCAACAUCAUCAGCUGAUUGGUAUUUGACACUGUAAAUAUAUAAAAUAAAAAAUUAUGACAGCUGUUUAUCCAACUCGUUUGGCAUCUCGUGACAGUUUUGAUGAUGAAGAUUUAACAGAUAUUGAUGAUGUAUUUAUUAGAGAUGGUAAACGUGAUACAAAAAUAAAUGAUGAUGGAAGUGUUAAACGACCAUUAAUGGCACCAAGAAAAAAACCAAAAAUAUCUGUUAAAUUAACAAAUAAUACAAUAACAUAUAGAAGUUUAUUUUUAUCAUUAUGUUAUGGAUUAAUUGCACUUGGUGUAUUAUUUGCAUUAAUGUUACUUUGUAUAUUGACUAUAAAUAUAUUUCCAAUACCAUUUAGUAUAAUGAAAAAUUGGUUUUCAAUAAAACCAUCUAUUUCAUCAAUAAAUACAACAGACAUAUUACCAUGUACAUCACUUGCUACAAGUGUCGUGUGGAUUAGAACAUUAUCAAAGCUAACAUCAGAAGCACCACUUCGUAGUGUUGAUGUUAACAAUGAUGGUGUUGAUGAUGUUAUUCUUGGAUUUAGCACAGGAAUUGAUGCACUUGAUGUGCCUGAAUAUUUUUGUAAUCUAUAUUUUGAUGGUCAAGUACCAUGUCUUGGUGGAGUUAUGGCAAUUGAUGGUAAAUCUGGCAAAACAUUAUGGACUCAUUGGACAGAACAUGCAAUAUUUUCAAUUGAUUGUAAUUUAGAUAUAACAAAUGACAAUAUUAGAGAUUGUAUUGUCACUGGACGUGGUGGUAUAUUACAUGCAAUUGAUAGUAUCAAUGGUAAAUUAAUAUGGGAAUUACCAGUUGAUGAAUUACCAUCAACACUUAAUGAUGAAAAAAUUAUAUUAAAUGUUUAUGAUGCACGUUAUAUUACUGAUGUUGAUAGUGAUGAAAUAAGUGAUGUUAUUGUAUCACAUACAAUGCAACUUGGUAAAUUUCGACAAAGUAGAAUAAUAUUAUUAUCUGGUAAAACUGGUACAAUUAUAAAAUCCAUUGAAUUUUCUAAAAAAGAACAAUUAUUUAUUGCACCACAAGUAAUGGUAUCAUCUGAUGGUGAUGUUAAUUAUUUAUUAGCUUCAUGUGCACCUGAUAAAUCUGGAGGUUUAUAUGUCAUUUCACAACGUGAUUUUUUGUAUGGAAAUUUGGAUAAAAUGAAAACAAUACAGCAUGGAAAAGGUGAAGGAAUUUUACUUCCUUUAAUUUUUGUUGACUUGACUCUUGAUGGUAUUGAAGAUAUAAUAUCAAUUUCAUUAAAUAAUUCUACAAUAAGAGCAUAUGAUGGUUUGACAUAUCAGCAAUUAUGGAAUUAUACUGUUUCUAAUUCUGAAAUAAUAAGUAUACCAAUACCAGGCUAUUACAAUGAUGAUAAAAUACCAGAUAUUAUGAUUAAACAUCAAAUUGGUCCUGGUUUUCCAUUAUACUAUUAUUCAAUAACAACAAUAAUUAAUGGUAAAAAUGGUAAAUCAUUAUUUGAUGAACCAAUUAAAGACAGUGCUAAUGGACAAAUGUCAGGAAUAAUAUUAUCUGUUGAUGGUUUUGGUAAUGAUUGGUUUUUACAUUGGUCAUCAAAUUGUUUAGGCAAUAAUAUUGUCAAUGAAAAAUAUAGUUUUUUACAAGGACAAACAUUAUUAUCACAAAGUCGUGCAAAUUUAUGUAAAUUGCGAUUUAAUUCAACACUUAAUAUGAAACUAUUAGCAAUGAGUCAACAUGUUGGACCACCAGGACAAUCAUUAUACUCAUCAGAUGAUUGGAAAAAAAUUGAAUUUAAUAAUUCUGAUAAAUUACGACAAUAUUCAAAUGAUAAUGAUGAUAAAAAUACAGUACCACUUGUAGCACAAAGAUCACCAAUUAUUAAAAAUUUACAAAUGGAUAUUGGUGAUCCUGAUCAACAAAAUAAACAAAUAAUUGUCGAUGAAGGUGGUGAUUAUUAUAUACCAAAUAAAAAUGAUGAUAAAAAUUCAGAGUUAUAUGAGCCAUAUUCAAUUGGUUUAUCAUCAAUUGAAAAAAAAAUUAAUGACAAUAAUAAUUAUCAAGUAAAUCAAGAUUGGAAUGAUAAUAUUAAUAAUGCAUGGAAUAAUGUACCAAUUGAUAAAUAUGAAAUGUCAUAUAAUGAUGAUACAAGUCAUUUAGAAACACCACAAGAUGAAACUGAAUUUAAUACUGAUAAUAAAUAUAAUUUUAUGAAUAAUAAAAGAAAAAAAAGAAUUCGUAAUUUACGAAAAAAACGUUAUGAUGAUAAUUUUGAUAAUAAAAAUAUACGACAACCACCAACUGGUAUAAUAUUACCAUCAUUUAAUAGUGAUAGUGAUAAUAAAAAUAAUAAAAAAACAAUUGAUUUAAUAUUUUCAACAUAUUGGCUACCAUCAUCAGAAGUAUCACUUGUUCUUUUACAAAAAGACAUUGAUUGUAUACGUAUAAAAGAAGAAAAAUUAAAUUCUAAUAAAUUAGAUAUUGAAAAAAGGGAAAAUAUUAUUGCUGAAUGUUUAGCUGAACGUGGUAUUAAUUAUAAACAUUAUAAAGAUGAAAUUGAUGAACGUGAAAAUCGUAGAUUUUCACUUGGACAAAUGACUAUUUAUCGUAUUAAAUUACAAUGUGUUUGUCCUGAUGAUAUGUUAACUGGACAAACUUGUAAAGACAUUUCAUCCAAGCAAAGCUGGUCCGCCCACAUGGGAAAUACUGGAAAUGGUUAUUUCAGACCUAAUUAUAAUAAAUAAAACAAUCAUUAAGAUUAUAUUCAAUUAUUUACUAAAUUUUUUUUUCUUCAAAUGCAUAAGAUCAAAAAUUUAAUUAAGAUUAUUUCAAAUAAAUAUUCCAAAGUGUGUCAUAUUAAUCUAAGUUUUUUUUUUUUUUUUAAUUACUAUUAUUUUUCUUCAUGUUUAAUAAUUUAUGUGUAUAAUAAUAAUAAUAAAAAUAAGAUGAAUUAAAUUAUGUAUUACU